CACAAGCGGUGUGGUAGUGUGAAUGUUUGACAAUGUGGUUUCCUUGAUAGGUCCUCAAACUACAAGCUUACCCUAUAAAUACCUAAACAUAUAAUCAUUUUAUGUAGUGCAAAAUGAAUCAAGGUUUUGAAAAGAUGGAGCAGAAUGGUAAUCUUACUAGAAGGAAAAAAGGAGGGCUUAUCACAAUGCCCUUUAUUUUUGCUAAUGAUGUUUGUGAGAAGUUAGCUGUGGUGGGUUUCAAUGCGAACAUGAUAAGUUACCUAACAACACAGCUUAACAUGCCAUUAACCAAAGCAGCUAAUACACUGACUAACUUUGGUGGAACUGCAAGCUUGACACCAUUGCUUGGUGCCUUCAUUUCAGAUUCUUUUGCUGGAAAAUUCAUGACUAUUACAGGAGCUUCCAUUAUAUACCAAAUAGGUAUGAUUAGUUUAACGUUAUCAGCAAUCCUUCCACAAUUCAGACCACCUCCAUGUAAAGGGGAAGAGGUAUGCCAACAAGCUAGUUCAGGACAACUAGCAAUUCUCUACGUAUCACUUCUACUCGGAGCAUUAGGGUCGGGUGGGAUCCGACCCUGUGUUGUUGCAUUUGGAGCCGAUCAAUUUGAUGAAUCGGAUCCAAAACAAACCACAAAAACAUGGAGAUAUUUUAAUUGGUACUAUUUUGUGAUGGGAUCAUCUAUACUUGUAGCUGUGACUGUUCUUGUUUAUAUUCAAGAUAAUGUUGGAUGGGGAUGGGGCCUAGGAAUCCCUACAAUAGCAAUGUUUUUCUCAAUUAUUACUUUCAUUGGUGGAUAUCCACUUUACCGACAUUUGAACCCGGAUGGAAGCCCAUUUACCCGACUUGUAAAAGUCGGUGUUGCCGCAUUUCGUAAAAGGAAGAUACCAGAAGUUUCUAAUUUUGAGAUGUUAUACCAAAAUGAUGAGCUUGAUGCUUCUAUUACUUUGGGAGGGAGGUUGCUUCAUUCUCAUCAAUUUAAAUUUUUGGACAAGGCAGCAAUAGUGACAGAGGAAGAUAAUACCAAAACACCAGACUUAUGGAGAUUGUCCACAGUUCACAGAGUAGAAGAAUUAAAAUCAAUAAUCAGAAUGGGACCAAUAUGGGCAUCAGGAAUCCUUCUAAUCACAGCAUAUGCCCAACAAAGCACAUUUUCCCUCCAACAAGCGAAAACUAUGGACCGACGCCUAACAAAAUCCUUCCAAAUUCCAGCAGGGUCCAUGUCUGUAUUCACAAUCCUAACCAUGCUCUUCACCACUGCUCUCUACGACCGUGUCUUAAUCCGCGUAGCCCGUAGAUUCACUGGACUCGACCGUGGUAUAAGUUUCCUUCACAGAAUGGGGAUCGGAUUCGUGAUCUCAAUUUUCGCUACUUUGGUUGCUGGAUUCAUUGAAAUGAAGCGAAAAAAGAUAGCUAUGGAACAUGGACUUGUCGAACACUCGAACAAAAUGAUCCCAAUAUCAGUUUUUUGGCUUGUGCCACAAUAUAGCCUUCAUGGAAUGGCUGAAGCUUUUAUGUCAAUUGGGCAUUUAGAGUUUUUCUAUGACCAAGCUCCAGAAAGUAUGACAAGUACCGCAAUGGCAUUUUUUUGGACUGCUAUAUCUAUUGGGAAUUAUGUUAGUACCCUUUUGGUUACCUUAGUACACAAGUUUUCUGCAGGGCCUAAUGGUGAAAAUUGGCUUCCUGAUAAUAACCUUAAUAAAGGAAAGUUGGAAUACUUUUAUUGGCUAAUUACAAUCUUGCAGGUUAUCAAUCUCAUUUACUACUUGUUUUGUGCUAAAUUGUACACUUACAAGCAAAUUCAGGUUCAUCAUAAAGGGGAUAACAGUUCAGUAGAUGACAACAUUGAGCUUGGUACUACUGUUUAAGUAGAAUUUUAUAAGGAUUAUUCAUGAAUUACUUAGAUUUGGAUUUGGUCACCACACUUGUAUAGAGGUUAGGUUAUUAUUUGUAAUAAAUAAUUAUAAUCACUAAUUAGUAUUACAAGGAAUGUAUCUGUGAGCUUAUUGUACCUUUGCCGAACACAUCUGUAAUAUAAAUAAUAAUAAUAAUUAUCGUGUUCCCUUUAA